AUGAAAAUCAACAAAAAUAAAUCGGAAACUAUUAAAUAUCAAGAGGUUGUUGGCACAAUAGUUUACGGAAAAUUAAGCAUUCAAACAACUGAUUGUUUAGUUUUUAUUAAUCUUCGAAAAUUGAUAAGAGCUUUUAUAUUAUUAACUGUGAAGACAAAAAAGUCUGAAGUUGGUGUUGAAUCCGAAAUAAUGUCUCAAUGUUGUUCAUGA